AACGCUCUGUUGGAUGCUCGCUGCAAGGAAGGAAGCAUUGCAGAGGUGCUUCAUCUUGUAGAAGAAAUAACUGAUAAAGGUGUAUUGCCUGAUGUGAUUACCUGCAACUCUUUACUUAUUGGAUUGUGCCGUUUUGAUAAAUUGGAAGAAGCUAAGAAAUUGUUUGAUGGCAUUCCAAGUCGGAAAACUUUUCCUAAUAUUAGAACUCUGAACAUAAUUUUGAAUGCUCUGAUUAAUGAAGGCAUGAUGGAGAAAGCUGAAAAAUUAUUUGAGGUAAUGAUUGAACAUGACAACGAACUUAAUACAAUCACUUACAACACCUUGAUUAAGGGCUACUGUUUGCAAGGUGAAAUGGACAAAGCCAAAGACGUGUUCGAUCAGAUGGCAGUAAAGGGUGCUCUUCCUAACACCAUAUCCUAUAACACCUUGGUUCACGGUUACUUAAAGGUCAAAAGAGUUGAUGUCGCUCUCAAGCUUCUCAAGGACAUGAUCCAGAAAGGGCUAGUGCCUGAUCAUGUGACACGGAAGAUUUUAAAAAGCAUUCAUGCUCUUAAGCUUGAAGGAUCUGUACAGUGAUUGUCAA